GCGGAGCGUUCAAAUGAAGAUUAGUGUGAGUGCGGUUUCACCUAUAUGUGCUGUUUGUGUGCGGUGUGUGCUGCGGACUCAGGUUUGGUUACACGUAUAAUAGGCUACCUCCGCGUACUGAUACGAAAGCGGGGGAAUUAUGGAGCUGUAAGUAAGAGCGACUCGGUUAUUUAUUCCCGAGAGGACAUACUGAGUGUGUGUUUGUGGUUAAACCUGCUGGUCGACGCCGCUCACACUGCUGGGCGCUCUUUACCGUCCAACCGGAGGAUCCGUCCGACGGACAAGAAUGAUGUCUGCUUAGUGACCCGUCCCUGGUAAAGAUGUUUCGGCAAAGGUCCUCUGUGAUUACGCUUUAUUCUGUGGUUAUGGUUGCACCCAGUAAGCAGUCAGGAAUGUCCUCCGUCUCCUGCCUAUGACAUGGUUUAACCCACGUAUGAUCCGGUCACCAUGAUGGCCUCCAUGGUUGCCAAUGGAAACCAAGAUGGGCAGUCUCUGGUCUUGAAAGGGGUGGAUCCAGAGACCUGCAUGAUUGUGUUCAAGAACCACUGGGCUCAGGUGGUGAAGAUCCUAGAAAAGCAUGACCCCCUGCGCAGCAGUUCCACGCUGCCCUCCCUGAGUAUGAUCAACCACAGCGCUGGCUCUAGCGGCGGUCCUCGUUUCGGCCCCAUCCCCGGAGACGAGGCGAGCGCGGUGCAGAACUAUGUGGAGCACAUGCUGUUCCUGCUGAUAGAGGAGGGGAGCGGUCAGGCCGGCGCCAUGGGCCCCAUCCUGGAGUUUGUAGUGAUGGAGAACGUGAUGGAGCGCCUCUUUGUGUGGAGUCUCCGCAGGGAGUUCACAGACGACAUGAAGCUGGAGCAGCUAAAGAUGUACGAGAUGCUGGUGGGCCAGGCGCACCAGCCCCUGCUGCAUCACAAGCCCAUUCUGCGGCCGCUCAUGAUGCUGCUGUCGUCCUGCUCGGGCACCGUGGCGCCACAGGUCGAAGGCGAGCUGGUGCUGCUGCUCAACCAGCUGUGCUGCGUUCUGGCAAAGGACCCUUCAAUUCUGGAGCUGUUUUUCCACACCAGCGAGGAUCAGGGAGCCACCAACUUCCUCAUCUUCUCCCUGCUCAUCCCCUUCAUUCACAGGGAGGGCACAGUGGGCCAGCAAGCCAGAGAUGCAUUGCUGCUCAUUAUGUCGUUGUCUGCUGAGAACAACCGAGUGGCCAAACACAUCGCAGAGAAUACCUACUUCUGUCCGGUUCUGGCCACAGGGCUGAGCGGCCUGUACUCAUCUCUUCCCACCAAGCUGGAGGUUCCCAAUGAGGAGUGGCACUGCCUGCACAAAGAGGACUGGCUCCAGAUGCCGUCCCUCGUCCAGUUCCUCAACUCGCUCGAGUUCUGUAAUGCUGUCAUUCAGGUGGCCCACCCUGAUAUCAGAGACCAGCUAGUUAGCUACAUCUACAACGGAUUCCUCGUUCCUGUCCUAGCACCAGCUCUACACAAGCUGACCCUAGAAGAGGUGAUGACCACCACAGCAUACCUUGACCUCUUCCUGAGGACUGUGUCUGAGCCGGCCCUGCUGCAGACUUUCCUCUCCUUCAUCCUCCUCCACCGACAUGACAGCGUCCACAUUUUAGAUACUCUAGUCAGCCGCAUUAACACUCCUUUCCAGUUGGGCACUGUGUCACUGGCACUUUUCCGCACUCUCAUUGGCUUAUACUGUGAAGAUGUGAUGCUACAGCUCAUAUUGAGGUACCUGAUCCCCUGUAAUCACAUGAUGUUGAGUCAGAGACGUGUUGUGGGGGAGAGGGACUGCUACUCUGUGUCAACAGCCAAGAUCCUGGCGCUAACACCGUCGUGCUGCUCUCCUGAUCACAGUCCCCCACCCCUCCGACAGCUGGACUCCAUCCUCUUUUCCAAGGGUGCAGAGACGCCCAGCAACACCAGCACCACAGAGGAAAAUGAUAGCUUCUUAGAAGAGGAUGAUGGCUUGGGUAACUCCUGCACCAUCGGCUCAGAAAUCUACCUGGAUGUCAGUUAUCUUCAUUACCUCUACGAUGCCCGUCUGAGCAUCAGCAGCUGCAUAAGGGCCUGCCAGGUUUGGUCAGCCCGGUACGACGGCGAGGACCCCCCUCCUGAGAAAUACCAGCCCGGUGUCCUUGAGGAGCCGGGGCUAAAAAGUGGGCUUACUCAGAUGGCUUUCAAGAGACUUCCACAGCCACUAGCGCCACGCCCUCGACCCUGCCCACCGCCGAAUACAGAGCCGCCCUCCAUCACCCAAAUGGAGCUGGAGUGGGACGACAGUUACGAUGCGUGCCCGGUGCAGACCGACGAGGCUCCUGUGGAGAGUAAAUCUGCACAGCAGCCUCCUGCUGAGCUCCCAAAGCACAUCCAGGAGAUGAGGAAAACGGCCAUCAUGUUGGUAAAAGGCUCAUAUAUUGAGGAAAAUGAGUUCCAGGAUGACGUCAUGGUGUACAAUCUUGUUGCCAAGAAAGACAGCAGAGACGUGGAACGCGGCAGGCUCAAAUCCAACAGGUCUGAAUCAGAAGAAACCCAACCAGGCUCAGCAGAAGUUGCCCUGCAGAACGGACUCAGUCUAACACUCCCAGCCUCUGCGAUGGCUGAUAAAGACAGCUUGGACACAAAGAUUUUAGAUUUUAAUUCCCAUCUCCAAAUCACCACAACUGCUGAGUCGGGUGAUGACCUCUUGGCUCAGUAUGAGGAGCUCAUUCGUACUUUGGACACUGAAGCAGUUAAAAAACCUAAUGCAGACUUGAAGACGCCUGUCACACCUGCAGAGGAGGAGGAAGAGGAGGAGGAUGAGAUGGAUUUUACCUCCUUCUCUGCUGAGACACCAGAGCCAGAGAAACUGCAAUCCCCAUUUGGGUCCAAGUUUGUCAGUGGAAGUGCAGGUAGAAGCCAUUCAGCACCUUUUACUGGACCAUUUGUCAGUGUGCUGUUGUCUCGUCUGGAGAACAUGCCGUCUAACUCGCUUCAUGUCAACUUGUUGUUGACGGGCAUCCUGGCCAAGUUGGCGGCCUACCCGCAGCCUCUCCUGCGCUCCUUCCUCCUCAACACUAACCUGGUCUUUCAGCCGACUGUUCGCUCUCUUUACCAGGUACUGGCCAUCGUGAAGAACCAGAUAGAAGAGCAGGCCGCCACCAGAAAAGACUUCCCAGAGCUGAUCACUGCCGCCCAACACUGGCUGCUGGCCAGGGAGACUUCAUUCGUGGCAGCAGACGACAGCGGCAGCAGACGCUCCACGCACGGCGAGGCGGGAAGGAUGUUGAAGAGUUCACCGCCACCAAAACUCAGAGCCAUCUCUCUGGAUCGGACAGAAGUCUUCGCUGCCGUCCUCUUCACGGAGUUCCUCAAAGAACUGGCUGCCAUUGCACAAGAGCACUCCAUCUUAUCAUACAUUCCUAUGGAAGAUUGAAUGUGUCCCAAUAGAGUCCAGUUUAACUCUGAAAGACUUUAAAAGACUCUCUUAAUGAUGGUUUUCAAUUUUUUUUGCACUACUUGAUGCAGAAACCUCUGAUUGUUUUUCUUAUUUAUUUUCCCAAGCAAAGAUAAUCAAUUUCUCGUGCUUUUAAAUUUAAUCUUUCUAGUUCUGUAAAAUUCAGUUUGGCAGCCAAGAAGGAGGCCCAAACUUUGUCCUGUUUGCUGAAGCCUGCACCAGCCCACAACGCUCCUAAGAGCGAGCUCCAGGUCCACCAACCAAAGACUGUAGAGAGAUGAUUUUAAGCAAUCAUCAGCCCUUAUCAGAACUUCAGGGCUCGGCCCUCUUUCUGAGUGUUUUCUACAACCAGUUCCAACCACAGCAAGAUGUCCGCUGCUCAGUGUGGUUCUAUUGAAUAUUCAGGUGGCCUUUCUGGAGAGAGUUGUUGCCUCUUUGCCAUAGGAUUACACACCAUAUCUGAGCGCCGAGUGCACAUUUGAAGAUAAACUAUUGUAGCCGACCGGCAGCAGGGCCGGCAUCAACACGCAUCAUCUAAACUUUGUUCUUAUGCAACUGUUACAUUACUACAUUUUUUUUUUUUUUUUGCUGAAACAGGUGGGUCACUUUUGUCUUUAAAUGUGUUUGGGUGUUUCCACAAAAUCUUUUUGUGUUUUGAUGUACAUUGUUUUAGUGUUUUUCUGUUCAUUCAUGAUGGUACCUCAGGAGUCUUUUUAAUGCACAUUCUGUUCUCUCAGUUCCUAAACAGCCUUUGGGUGAAGCAAUUCUACAAUGCACUAGUUUCUCACAUGAAUGGGCUCCACAUGUUCUCCAGAUCAGAGCAGAACCAGAAUCAAUCAUGCUAUAUUUAAUUUGCCUUACUUUAGUGAUGCUUUAUGAUGUACAUAUUGUAAGAAAAAAAGGUUCUAAUGACACAGAUCACUAUGCAAAUCAAGGAUAUUUUGGGUAUAAUUAAGUUUUGGAUAUUUUCAGAAUGGGAAGGGGUAUUUAAGCUUUUAUGAGAGUUUCUAUUGCCAUAUUGUUUUUUUGUUUUUUUCAAAAGGUUAAACUAGAGGCUACUUGUUAUGGUUUGUCAUCUUCUAUUUAGGGAUUGUGUAGGGUGUUUUAGUUGUGAUAAGUCUGAAAUAUCACUGUUAGAGUUGUAGUUUUGUAUCUGUUGAAAACCAUCUCCCAUUUUAACGGUUACCGAGGGCAAACUGUUGCAAAUCACCGUUAUUUUAGUCCAGGUAUUUCACAUGGUUGUUUAAGUGAGAUAUUAUAAGAGCUAUAUUUUGUUACAAAGCAUGCCUCUGCUGACAUUAUUGCCUGAUUUCGAAUGGAUUCAAACAGGAAUGGAUGUUUUGGCUGGACCGUGGUCCCUGUAACCUCAAAACUCUGUCCCUCUGUCACUGAGUAAUGAAGUUCCACCAUUGGUCGGAAUGAGUGUGGUGAUGUCAGUGUUGGUGUUUCCCCAUUGGCCAUUGGUCUUUCAAACUGUAUCGGUGCGAGACAGGCUUUUACCUCUGCUAUCGGCCAACAAUCAGCUGAUUGACUUCCUCAAUACAGGGUGGAUGUUGUUGUCGUUGUCUGUCGCUCUCUCUUCAGACAAAUGAAUGUGUAGGCCUAUGUCAUUUAGAAAAGAAGCAAUCACAGACAGCAGUGAGAGAAUGCUAUUUCUAAAUAAUAUAUAGUGAAUGGGCAGGUUUUAAUUCAUCAUGUAAAAAAUUUGGAGGGAUUGAAACUCCAGGAGAACAGCAGGGAGAGGGGCAAACAAAUUGAAAGUGGUUGGCAAUUUGGCAUUUAUCAGAAUCUGAGCGUGCGUGCAUGCAUGUGUGCAUGCAUGCGUGAGCUCAGCCCAGAAACAGAGCAGGAAAGAGGCUGUUAUGAUUAUUAUCGCGUUUCAGUCUUUUGUGAUGUGUUCAUUCCGCAAGUUCAUAUCGCGAUCGAUUCAUCGGUCAUCACUACUAAAGAUGAACAUUUAAUAUCUACAGUAUAUUCACAUUAUAGACACCACCGCUGACAAUCCCUGUAACCUUUUUGCCACAAUUAACCAUAUUGACCACACACAGUCCAGCCAUAUUACUAGGUUUGACCUAGUCUUGUUUUACUUCAAGUUAUGAAAAGAUUUCGAGAUAAUGGACUGCUUUGACUAGAUCUCAAAAAGUAAAAGUGUACUUUUGUACAAACACAAAUUAUUAGGACAUCUGGUAGUCUUGUAGAACUACACAAGGUUGAUUAAUGUUUGCAUCUAAUGAGACAAAGAAAGAAUUGUUUCACUUUUGUUUUUAAUCUGGAUUGUGUUUUUGUUCCAAUUUAAAUCCAUUCAGUUUCUAAUUGAUGCUACGCAGGCAAUACAUUAUGCAGUCUUUGUGUAGUUAUUUUUUUUUUUUUUUUUUUACAAAAAUGGCUUGAAAAUAUAUAUUUGUAUCAAUCAAAGCCAUUUUUAGAACUGUUGAAUAAGUAUUUCUCUCUGGUAAAAGAAUGUCGCUGAGCACUUUAUCAGCCUUUUCAUACUACAGUGUCACGCUGCACUGCUGACACCUCAACCAGCACAGGUUCAUUCAGUCUGUGUAACAUACACAGCACAGUAUAACAAUCACUGUUUAGCAGCAUUGUGGCAUGAAGACGGGUUUUAUAAACAAGAUUAUAGACUAGUUUCUGUCUCAGUGGGCUUUCUGACACCAUUUGGCCUCAAGAUUUCUGUCCAAGAUGUGAUAAGGUUGCUGAUGAUGCUGAGGCCCAAAGGCAUGCCUCUUUUAAUAAAGUCAACUUCUGGUAAAGAAAACUGCA